UGCUAGCUUGUAAAGAUGCUAGAUCUGAUAUUCCUUUUUAUUAUAAAUAUUUUAAAAACUCAACUGUUAGGAUCCAAAAUCUUCAAUAUUAUCAAGAAAUACUUGAUACUUUACUUCAUACAUUUAGAAAUUCAAACAAUGAUGCAGCAAAAUCAUUAUAUGUACAACUUUGUCAAUGGAGAAUGCUAGCAUUUUUAUUUUUUUUUUAUGAUAUUUUACAUCACCUUACUCAAUUAAGCAAGCAUUUUCAAAGAACAAACCUUAGAUUUAGUGACAUUGAUCCUAUGAUAUCAGCAACAAUUAAAAUUAUUGAUUCUGAAUAUAUCACCAUGGAAAAUAAUGGAAGCAACUUUGGCACACAUUUGCAAGAAUUUAUUAACUUGACUAAUCCUUUCACAAAUUCUUCAAUUAAUUUUCAUGAACAUCAACUUUAUUAUAAUGAGAAUGAUUAUGGUGAUUUACUGUUUGAUAUACAUACAUAUGCUUCUAUGAUUAUAAACCAAAUACAAGAAAGAUUUCCUGAACAUUCUCUAAUUAAAGCAAUGAAAAUUCUAAAUCCAGUUGAAUGGCCAGAUAAGGAUUCUAUUGAAUUUAUAAAUUAUGGAAAUAAUGAAUUAGAUACUUUAUUAAAUUUUUAUGGAAAACAAAAGAAAGUUAAUCAAGAAGUUUUUUUCCUCCAGUAA